UCUCUCUCUCUCUCUCUCUCUCUAAACCUAAAUAGCCAAGGGUUUCUCUCACUACAAGAUCAACGCAAUUUCCAAAUACCAUCCACGAAAUUCAAAACUUUUUGAGCUAAAUUUUCAUCACGAGAUCAGGAGUUUCGAUGGGUUUUCGAUCUUGGUUGAUUCUUCACAAACCCCACCGACAACUUCAUCCAAAAUCAACUACAUGAGGUUCUUCCACAUUUGUAGCGACUGUUGUGUUGUAGCUGUUAAUUAAUUAUCUACUCACUUUCAAUGGAGAUCGGUCUCAACAAACAAGAAAAUACCAAAACAAGUGAAUUUAUGAGCUUUUCUAUUCGCGAGUAUGUUGCUGAAAUUCGCAAAAAAGAUCGGAAGAAAUGUUGGCCUUUUGGAUCAUUGGGUGAUCCUGAAAAGUAUGAUGUUUUUGCUUCAUAUCAAUCGGUAGAGUCUACAUUCUUGUGUAGUCAAAACUAUCCCAGUGAUCAUAUUGAUGGUUCAGAUGAUAAACCAGAACAUAAAGAAGCUUCAAAUCCAUCUAACAAAGAAACUCUCAAUGGAAAAGAAGAUCAAGAUCGAUCUCAAACUACAGAUAUGAUUGAAUCUCUAGGAGCCAAUGGUAUCAAUAUAUGCAAACGAGUCAACAAUGGAUACCCAGAUUCGAAAUCUUGCAAGGUGAUUUACAAGGAUCAAAACCGAACUGAAAAUAGUGCGAAUGGAAGUGGAGAUAACGAUAAACCUGGAAGAAAUCAGCCACGAAGGAAACAUCAGAAGCUUUGUUUGUUGUCUGAUAUAUUAAGGAAUCUUGACAAAGUUAACACUAAAUCCACUACAGAAAGUAAAGAUGAGUUGGAUGACAUCACCUUGGAUGUUAAAGUUACCACAAUGUCAAAAAACAAGAUGAUGACAAAUGGUGUUGAAGAGACGAGAUUUGAAAAUGAAGAAAAGUCACAGUGUGGAUCAAAAAACUCGCAUGAAAAUGAUUCGAGGAAAACUAGGAUUGAUGACAUGGAUUUUCAGGCCAUGACAAAGCGUAGAAAGGUUAGACCACUGGAGGAAAAUGGUAUCCAAUCUACAGAAAUAGCAAACGAAGAUUCUGAAAUGGAGGCUGUUAUGUUAUUGGCUACGCAUUUUAACGAAGAGAAUCCUUCAAGUUCAGGAGAUGAUGCAAAAAGAGUUCAAAUUGUUCAAUCGAACAUGGAAUUGGAGUCACUAGAAGGAGAAGCAAGCAAACAUAUCACUACUUAUUCACCAAUAUUAUCAAGUUCUGGUGGGUAUCGAGCUGAAUUUAGGCAUGAUCAAGGGUUUGCAAUGGGGACGCCUUGUGCUUGUGUCCAUAAAAAGAUCCGAGUGAGUUUAGGGACAGAGAAUAGGAGCUCAACAGCUGGCAUUUUUCAAAACAAUUUGACUCUUGUGUGCUCGAUUAAUAGGAAUCCAGCUGAUUUCAGCAUACCUAACGCUCAAAAUGUGUUUAUGAGAGGAGGUUGAAGUUUAAGCAGCGUUUUCGUGGUCUAAAAAUUACGCUCGUUGUCGUAUUAGAAGAAUAAUCAUCACAACUUUGAAGUUGUUCCAAG